AUGCAAUGGUGUGUACUUUGUGCGAAGUGGUUUUGGAUGUCCCUCGGUUUCCACUUGCCACAGUUGCGCAACAUCUCAAACAUGUUCUUUGUCCCGUACAGUGUCCCACUUGGCUCGAGCCAUUUCGGUUACACACUUGUCCUACUUGCGUCCAACUGGUGCUGGUCGUACCAGGAAAGCAUCAUGGGGAAGCAUGGCCGCUUCGGAUGGACCUUGUGGAUCUGCGUGGUCUUAGCCGAGGGGGGGAGCCCAAGGAAGGCCCCACAGGCCCGGAUGGCCCAGCAGGAUGACUUUGAGCUGUGCGCGCACCGUGCGCACAUUGCCCACGCGAGGGUGCCAGGGGUGCCAAGGUCGAGUUUGGUGUCCACAACGUCUUACAUCACAAGUGGUUGUGAGCCGGGAACCCAAAUCCCCAUCGUCACCGAGAGCCAAUGUGCACAGGACCCGGCCGCUUGUGAAGGCUUCUGUUGCCCUGCACAGGCCCUUUGGUGUGCCGGUUGUGGCAAUGCCUCGCAGGCAGGCUGCCACGACUGCGCGGGAGGCUUCGUCAACCUUGACGAAACAGGCAGCCCAGCAAAUACUCGUUGCGAAGCCUGCAUGGACACCCCAGGCUGGGUGAAUAAGGCAGGGCAAUCCUGUGUGCAACUGGAGACUUCUGAUUGCACAGAUGAAGAGUAUCAUUUCCUCUCUGCAAACAUGGCAUGUUGCCAGUGUGGUGGGGGGCAUCGUCAAGCAACGACUUUCACAUACUUCACCAGGACAUUGGUGUUGGGUGAAAGACCGAGCGACACCCUUGGCCACCCUGUUCCGCGGACGGCGGCCCAUUACUCUGUGAAUGCAGAUUGCCCGCUUCUGGACCACAACUUGACACUGAAUGCAUCCACUGGCCAGGUGGAGCUUUCUGGGUCCUGCGAGACGGUGGGCUGCGGCUCUGAUGAGCCAUUCACCGUGAGCUGCCUCGUCACUGCUCACCAAAGUGAGGUCCUAAACUUUACUUCGAACCUUGUAGUGCAUGCAAGCAAGCUCGUCUACGGCUCGGACAACAUUUUGCUUGUUCCACGAGGGUCAGGCGUAGCAACGUUUGACCCUCAAUCCAGUUUCGGAAUGGUAGGUGGUGACGCGUUCUCCAUGGCUUGCGUGCCGUCAGCAGAGACCCCAUGGUUGAGCUUCGAUGCUGGAAACGGCACAAUACGAAUAGCGCCCGACUUAGCACCGAACAAUACAUACGGCAUCACGGACAUUAACGUCCCAGGUCUUGCCUUGAGUCAUGGCAGCGGGCUGCACUGUCAAGUGGUGGGAAGAAUUUCUCAGACACAGCCCGUCGAAGCCUCGCUGCUUAUCUUGGUGCCAACGCCUUGGUCGUCUGUUGCUUGGACGAAUCCACACAUUCGACAGACCAUAGGUGUGGAGGCACCGCCAACAAUCCCAUCAGAUGCUUCGAAGCGACAGUGGAGCCUCCCUCCCACAAGCUUCACAGCAGCAUGCACCUGUGAUGUUGAAGAUGUGGUCUUCGCAUUUGAUGUGCUGACUGGCCAAGCAACACUUGAUGGUCAUGACGUUUUCGCUUUGGAGCCCACAAGUGGCAUUGUGCUGCCGAAUGGGAACUCAAGCUUGUCUUACCUUCUGGACAAAGGCGAUGCCAAUCGCCACAGCCUAAGCUUGAGCUGCGUCGUAUUUGGCCACUAUGACUGGCAAGUCGGGCGUCGAAUCACAGUCAAGGGCAACCUUUCAGUCCAGAUAAAUGAUGACACAUGUUGGAAGCCAUUGGUCUCAAGCGCAUGGCGAGUGGCGGAGCAGGUGGAAGCUGAGAGUUGCAAAUCCGAAUGCCGGAGGAGGGCCAACUGUUCGCAUUUCACAGUCGACGGUGAGACAUGCUUGUUUCUGAGUGCUCGUUGCAAUGCCCUCUCUGGUUGCCAAGUGUAUGCGAAUGUCACUGAAAAGAUUCCCCGGUGCUCUGAGCGCGUGACUUGCCUCCACUUCAAUGUGGACAACCAGUUUUAUGCUGGCACCUAUUGCCCAGCCAUUGCCGACAGCAACGGUGAUGCAAUCUAUUUGCACGAUGGGGUCACGCAGCGGGAUGCUCAUUAUUUGGUGCCUUUUCGACAAAGCCAGUACAACAUCACCAACAUCACCUGUGAAGACGGCAGCUUCGUUCUCAAAAGCUCAGAUCCAUCCGACGACUUUCUGGACCCAGAUGUGAACAAUUCUCGCCUGGAGCUGCACGGGAAGGAUCUCGCAUGCAUCAAAGGAACAGCAGCAGGGGAGUUGCUUGCGCUCGUCUUUAGCCACGGUAGGCAGCUGGUGUCCAUUGCUUCCCACAGCUUCGUAGGGGCCAAUGCUUCGUUUCUCGAGCUCGAUGGUGGAGAAUGCAGCGCGCCAAAUCUGACCUCCAACACCAUCGACGGUGACCCUGGAGCCAAUGGAGAGUUUUCAGCUGUUAUCGUGGAUGAUGUCUCGACGGUCGAACCAGCUGAUUUCUCCUUGCAUCCCUGUGAAUGCCUUCCGCCAGCGUGGGAAUCAGAAGCCCAGGAAGAAAGCUCAGCAGAGCACAAAGUGCAGCAGUUCCUGAUCGCUCAAGGUGCUUACACUUGCAACCAGGUUGACUUGCUGCAAUUCUUUCAGCUGGAUGAUCGGGAAAUCCCGCUCGACCUUUGUGCUGCAUCUUGCCGGGCCCUUGAGGACUGCAACUUUUUCUGGGCGGGUGCAGCUUCGGGGGCAUCGCAGUGCAAGCUGUACAGGGAGUGCCGCUUCCUGGUGCGAGAGGUUGGGGCAGAAGGAAGCCUCUACGGCAUGCCACCAUCCAGGGAGAUGUGCAGGAAGUCUGAUCCCGAGGCGUGCUGGUCCACAACCGUGCGACGCCGGAUGCUCGGAGCCUCCGUCUCCUCCAUUCUUCAGCCAGGGGGCCGCUGUGUAUUCCAAGAGCAGCUGGAACACUGCGACUGGCAGCUUCUCAUCGGUGGCACUGGCAUCCAGGAGUGUGGGAAGUGUGACUACGCCUUUGCAGAUUCGCACUCUUGGCGGCACAAGAAGCCUCUCCAAGGGCCCUUCAGGCCGGGGACCACGUUGGAGCUUUCAUGCUGGCAUGAGUAUUACAGCGCGGUCCCAGGGGACAAUGAGGAAGGAGCUCUACAACGAGCGCAGAAUCAGCUGACCUGCCUUGGUGGUGAGUGGAUCGCUGAAACUUCGAGUUUUGCAUGCGCAGCUUGCGUGCAGCUGGUCCGGGCUCCCUACGCAGCCCUUCAGGAUGCCGAGAAGCAGGAGUUGUACUUUGCCGCACGCCAUGAGAUGCAGUUCCUUAUAGAUACCAAGACUAGCCACAUGCUCGAUCGGCAUGGCAAACUUGUGGCGGCUAGCUUAAACGAGAGGCGUUGGCUGGGAAGCGUAAUGCUGCAUGAUCCACAUGAAAACCGUUCGUGGCUGGCUGGCGCCAGCGCAUUCCUGUCAUCCAGAGAUGUGCUCUCGAGUUACCAGCAUUUCUCUGUGGAUUCCACUGCUAGUGAGGCUGGAGUUACCUUUCGGGUGUUGGCGCCGCAAGGCGAUGAGCUGAGUGGAAAGUGCUUUUGGCCCGAAGAUUUUUCUCCGAGGGUUGCAGGCCAUGUUGGCUUUGGAGAUUGUGCAGAUGAUAACGCGAGGUGGUGUGUUAGCCCAGAAGGCCUAUGGAGCUCCAAGUCAGGUGCAUUGUGCUUGCAGACCACCGAAGAGGGGCGGGAAGUUGGCGUGUCCCUUUGCUCUUGGGAUAGGGCCACAAGAUACGUGACGGAGGCCGUAGGGAGUGCGAGUUCCAUCCAGCUGGAGGUAGCAGAGGAGCUAGGUUUUGCGGAGGAACUCAUCCCGGAAUCUGCUGAAGAUGAGACAGAGGACGUGGCAGCGCAGCUUUGUAUCAAGACAGUGAAGCGCACAAUGCCGCGUGUUCCCAUUGGCUUCGUCCUUGAGUCCGGGGAGGAAGCUGCCUGCCUGGGCACGGUGUUGGAGAUUGAAGGUGCUGUUGAUUCUGACUGUCCCAUUGAUUCCACAGAGGGAUGCUUGGAACACUGCGCCAUUCACUGUUGGCUUCACCAGAAGUGUGCUGGCUUCUCCCACUCUUGGUUCUUUGACGGAAAUUACAAGCCAUGCACCUUCUACGAAAACAUCAGCGAUACAGAGUCUGAGGCGGGCAGCGUUUGCGUGAGCAAGAUACCGAAGCAAGCUCCAAAGCUGUGCCACGUGCCAAAAGAGAAAGCCAGCACAGGAGGCUUUCUGUUACAUAUUCCAGACCCUAAAGAUGGACAAGUGUGGAGACUCGAGUCUUCUGAAAAGCGCUCGCAGUGCUUGUCAGUCGAUGGAGGAGAGUUUGUUUCGGAGACCUGCUCCGAUGGAAGGAAGCAGAUGCUGGAUAUCCCUGAGCUUACCAAGUUCGUGACGGUGAGUCUGCUGGACGCGUACACCGCGCAUGCGCCUGAGCGGAGCAGGAGUUCGUUGGAUUGA